AUGACAUCCCUCAUUAGACAACCGCCCCUCCUCUUCCCUGCAACAGCCAGGCACACGGCCACGGUCAUUUUCAUCCAUGGCCUGGGUGACACCGGUCAUGGUUGGGCCUCGGCGGUCGAGAACUGGCGUCGCCGGCAGCGUCUCGAUGAAGUCAAGUUCAUCCUGCCUCAUGCUCCUCAAAUUCCAAUCACCUGCAACUGGGGAAUGAAGAUGCCAGGAUGGUAUGAUAUUCACACGAUAGACGGCAACGCCGAAUCCCUCCGAAAAAACGAAGAUGAGGCGGGCAUUUUGAUCUCUCAGGCCUACAUUCACGGCCUGAUCCAGAGAGAGAUUGAUGCCGGCAUUCCAGCGGAACGGAUCGUUGUCGGUGGCUUCUCCCAGGGCGGCGCUAUGAGUAUCUUUGCAGGCUUGACCUCCAAGGUGAAGCUGGCUGGCAUUGUUGCUUUGUCUUCAUACCUGGUCUUGAGCCUCAAGUUUGCCGAGUUGGUACCAAAGCCUCAGGUGAACCAGGACACUCCCAUCUUCAUGGCUCAUGGCGAUUCGGACCAGGUGGUGAACACACAGUUGGGCAAGAAGUCGUAUGAGUUGUUGAAGGAGAUGGGGUAUAAGCCCACGAUGAAGAUUUACCCUGAUAUGGGUCACUCGGCGUGCUUGGAGGAACUGGACGAUGUCGAGGCCUUUUUGAGGCAAAGACUCCCUGCCUUGGGCAAGGAGGAGAAGCCUGAGUUGUAG